GCGCAACGCGCGACGAGCACGAGCGCGGCGACGGUGGAGCAGGCGAGAGCGCAAGCGAAAGAAACGACGAGGACGUACGCUCGGUCGUUCUACUGGGCGUCGCAGUUUAUGACCAAGGGGCGCGAGGAUGCGUACGCGUUGUACUGCUGGUGUCGCGAACUGGAUGAAAUCGUCGACGGCGCAGACGGCGCGGACGAGGAGAGACGCGCCAAGCUCAACCGUUCUGAAGCAAACUUGGAGGCGAUGUUUCGAAAAGGAACGCUCACAGAGCCAUCGUACGCUGAUGUCGCUUUGAGCGAUACACUGGCGCGCGUGGAAGGACUACGUAUCGGGCCUUUCAAAGACAUGAUAUCGGGAAUGAGACGCGACAUCGACGACGCGCGUUUCGAGCGUGUCGAAGACGUCCUGAACUAUGCGUACCAAGUCGCCGGAACUGUCGCGUUGAUGAUUCUACCGAUUUUGACGCUAGGUUCGGUCGACGACGAGCAGAAGGCGGCGAAACGUGAAGAAAGAGGAGUCGCAUUAGGCAUCGCGUUGCAGUUGACCAACAUCGUGCGAGAUGUGGGUGAAGACGCGAGGCAGAGGGGAAGAGUUUAUAUCGCGGACGAGGAUUUGAAAUUAUUCGAGCUGACUCGCGACGACGUCCUUAGUAUGAAAACGCCGACGACGAAUUACAUGGCGCUCAUAGAGUAUCAAAUCCAGCGCGCUCUAUUCUACUAUUCGAAAGCGCUCGAAGGCAUCGAUCUUUUGCCACCACUGGCGCGACCGCCGACGAAGUUAAUCGCCGGGCUUUAUCAAAGAAUUGCAUUUGCCGUUCGCGAAAACGAUUACGAUAACUUGAGUAAACGAGCGUUUUCUUCAACAUACGAGAAGCUUACGUUGACGCCAAAGCUUUUGCUCGACUCA